GUUUAAAAAAUGCCAAAACUGCCACGGUGGAAUUAGUAUUUAACAAAUUACAUCCUAAAUAUCAUAAACCAAUUAAAAGUAAAAAAAAAAUUCAAGCCCAUAAUGAAGAAAAUCAAUUGCAAUUGGGAGAUAAAGUAGUAAUUAAAAGUAGUCGUCCCUACUCAGCCACCAAAAGGUUUUUAUCAAUUUUAUCAGUAGCCGACAAUUCUGGAGCCAAAAAAAUAUUAGUAAUCCGUUGUUUAGGCGGUUCUAAUCGCCGAUACGGUCGGAUUGGUGAUUUGGUGAAGGCAACGGUAAAAAAAGCUGAUCCUCAUGCGAGUAUCAAAAAGAGUCAAAUAAAUUAUGCUGUUUUAGUAAAAGAAGACGGUAAAGAGCCAGUAGGAACCCGCAUAUUUGUUCCUUUGUUAGCUGAAUUUGACCAGUGA